AUGCCCUACUUCUCCGACCUCAACAUCUAUCUCCACCAGUCCUCUCUCCUCAUCCAAGCGUACCCCACGACGCGCAUCACAACGAAAUACUCCCUCCCACGCAAACCGAACGCAAAGGCAAAAUCAAAAUCCAAACCUAACCUCGACCGCUCAAAGGAUACGGCCGCCUCAGCAAACGACUCAGCACCCGAAACGUCGAGCCACACGCAAGCACAACCUAAGCGCGACCCGUCCGCGACACUCACCCUCAAAACAUACCACCCCGAAAGCGGGAUCUGCCUGAAAUACCGCACCGACAAGGCUGCCGAGGUAGGCAGGCUGUUGACCGGUCUGGGACGAUUGGCGAGGGGGGAGACCAUCGAGCCGCCUAGUGCUGCUUCUGCGGCCGCAACAGCUACAGCUACCACGGACGGGGAUGCCGAUAAGAUGGAUAUCGACGGCGGGGCGGUUUUGAAGAUGGAGGACAAAGUAGCCACUGCGCCGCCCGUGGCUGUCACACAGCAGGCAGGAGGUGGUGGCGGUGGUGGCGGGAAGGCAAAGAAAAAGAAGGGCAAGAAAUGA